AUGAAUUUAGUGACUUAUGUCAUAGUUGUCCAGCUGAGCUGUCUCUGCCAAGCUCUUCAUAAUUCCUCAACUCCGUCAGGUCAAAAUGGUCAGUCGAAACCAAAUGACCCCAUGAAGGAUGUCGACGGUGACCCUUACGUUCUCCAACAUGCCAGUAGAUGCCAGUGGACCCUUAAAAUGCCUGCAAAUGGGAGUAGUUCUUUGGUGAGUCUCACAGCAGAAACCAGAGACGCGCUGUUUGACCAGAUCUGUCAGGAUCUCGGCUGUGGCAGAGUCUCUAAACUGAGUGAGAACAGCUCGCCGCACAGCCAUGCCUGCCUCCACAAUUGCUUUUACCUCGACCACCAUCUCAGGAAUUGUUCGGAGGUUGUGGGAAGUCACUGUACCAUAAUUUCUGAAGUUGUUUGCGACCAUGCAGUGCGGUUGGCAGGAGGAACAGAUCACUGUGCUGGACGGGUGGAGUUGUGGAGAGACGGGGAAUGGGGCACAGUGUGUGAUGACCAGUGGGACCUGAAAGAUGCUGAUGUGGUUUGUGCCCAGCUGGACUGUGGCUAUGCCAUCAACGUGUCUGGACAGGGCGGAUCCUUCCCCUCGGGUAAGGGUCCUAUUUACCUGGACGAGCUGAACUGCUCCGGCACAGAGAGCACCCUUUGGGACUGCCCAGCCAUAGGAGAUGGACACGACUGUGGACACAAAGAGGAUGCUGGUGUGAUAUGCUCAGAGAUGAGGGCAGUGAGACUGACUGGAGGUCUGGAUCGCUGUGCUGGAAAAGUGGAGGUCCACCGUAACGGGACGUGGGGGACGGUCUGUGAUCCGUGCUGGGAUAAAGAGAUGGCUUCCAUGGUGUGUACAAUGCUGAAAUGUGGUAACGAGUCUCUAGAGUACACUCGAUUUGACCCUCCUCUGGAGCAUAACAACGGAUCGCUGUGGUUCUACACGUGCUAUGCCAAUCAUAAGGAUCUGUGGGAAUGUGACGAGUACAUCAACAACAUACACCUGUGCAAGGACACGAGAGCAGCUGGUCUUAUUUGUAAAGGUUCAUACGGAUUUCCUAUAGCCACCACAUCUAAUGUAACUUUGACGAAUGGCUGGACGACAGCCUACCCAGGCACCACCACCGUCAGUUCAGAUGGACGCUUCUUUUCCAUUGUCUCUCCAGAGCUGCUGGGCUGCUUCACUCUGUCACUCCUGCUUUUUGUGACUCUCAUUACAAACGCUGUGGUCUGCUGCCAUAGAAGAAGAAACGCUCAUUUACUCCAGCAGAAUCACACCAGCCUACGUAUGGCUUCUGAACAUCAAGACAAUGACUACCGAGAUGCUAUUAACCUUAUCAAGGUUACCACCUGCCCGAUGGAGCGAGACGUCCCCCAGAACCCCAGGUAUCUUUGGACCCAGCUUAGUGGUGCUGACAGCACCUCGCUAGAUACAGACUAUGAGACAAAUGAUCCGAGCAAUGACACAUCUGUCCAUUUGUCAACUUUUCGGAAUUCUCGACGGUAUAGACAAGAUAUGAGGAACCCUAUGACAGGGACAUCAGCAUCCUGCAGUCUCCCUGAAGAAGGAAUGAGAAAUCCCCACCAGUCACCCACCUGCCAAAGUGGCAGUGACAGUUCAAGGCCCAUCUUCAAUGAGUACCAGCGCUAUUGUGAAGAAACUGGGAAUGGUCUGAACCCAGGAGGCGGGAAUGACGGGGAUGGAAAGGAAGACUCCCUCUAUUGUCCCGUGAGCCCUGAUUCCCAGCCAUCGUCCUCAGAUGAUGAUUAUGAUGAUAUAGGAAACUAG